AAACAUGGCGCCGGCGGCUUCCUGCCCUCAGCGCUAAUUUCCGGUCUUUGCGUCGUACGCGUGCGCACGGCGGGCACGCUGGCCCUUGAUGAUCCUUCGAGGAAACCCCGCACUUCCUUUUCUCGCUGGUGCUCAUCGCGGAGAGGUGAGUUCACGACGGGCUCUUUCCAUAAAGCACCUCCGCUCCUCUCCCGCUGCACCCGCUGACCGCCAUGUCCGCCGUCUCUCCUCCCAGGAACAUACCGACCAAGGGGCCCCUGCAGUCCGUCCAGGUUUUUGGGCGCAAGGUGAGUUGUGUAAGGUUGGGAUACAGGGACCGCGUGUGCGGCCUGCCCGGACAUAGAGCCUCCUUCCUGGAUCAGCGUUGUAUGGCCCACCAGUACCAUACACACAGCAUGGGGCAGGGGGAGCUGGUACCGAGCCAGGAGCCUGGUUACUGCUAGCAGUGCUGGGUGGGCCAGUACCAUACACAGCAGGGGGAGCUGGUACCGAGCCAGGAGCCUGGUUACUGCUAGCAGUGCUGGGUGGGCCGGUACCAUACACACAGCAUGGGGCAGGGGGAGCUGGUACCGAGCCAGGAGCCUGGUUACUGCUAGCAGUGCUGGGUGGGCCGGUACCAUACACACAGCAUGGGGCAGGGGGAGCUGGUACCGAGCCAGGAGCCUGGUUACUGCUAGCAGUGCUGGGUGGGCCGGUACCAUACACACAGCAUGGGGCAGGGGGAGCUGGUACCGAGCCAGGAGCCUGGUUACUGCUAGCAGUGCUGGGUGGGCCGGUACCAUACACACAGCAUGGGGCAGGGGGAGCUGGUACCGAGCCAGGAGCCUGGUUACUGCUAGCAGUGCUGGGUGGGCCGGUACCAUACACACAGCAUGGGGCAGGGGGAGCUGGUACCGAGCCAGGAGCCUGGUUACUGCUAGCAGUGCUGGGUGGGCCAGUACCAUACACACAGCAUGGGGCAGGGGGAGCUGGUACCGAGCCAGGAGCCUGGUUACCGCUAGCAGUGCUGGGUGGGCCGGUACCAUACACACAGCAUGGGGCAGGGGGAGCUGGUACCGAGCCAGGAGCCUGGUUACUGCUAGCAGUGCUGGGUGGGCCAGUACCAUACACACAGCAUGGGGCAGGGGGAGCUGGUACCGAGCCAGGAGCCUGGUUACCGCUAGCAGUGCUGGGUGGGCCAGUACCAUACACACAGCAUGGGGCAGGGGGAGCUCAAUGCAUUGCUAUUGACAUCUGUCCAACACUUCAAUUAUACACUGAGGGACAAUAAUGUUUGUGGUACACCAAGAUAGUCUGAUGUAUCUUAUUAUUUAUUCCAUUUUAUUGCCUCAACGUAUGACUUUAUCUUGUAUUAAAUAUGUAAUAUUUGCUGAGCUAAAAUGAAGUGCAUGUAUGUAUAUGUGUGUGUGUAUUUAUAUAUAUAUAUAUAUAUAUAUAUAUAUAUAUAUAUAUUACACCCACACAGAGAACCUUGGCACUCACCCUUUAAUAUUCUAAAAAAACAAUCUAUCCUUGCCUGGGUGCAAUCCUCAGCGUUUAGUAUAUAACAAAAAAUAUGUACAAGGAGCACUCACAGGUUUUAAUCAAAAUUCUGAUUUAUUCGUUAGUGCAGAUUACAUGUGCGGGUUUAGAUGAUCGACGUUUCGACCCUUACAGGGAAGUAGACCCUGUAAUGGUCGAAACGUCGAUCAUCUAAACCCGCACAUGUAAUCUGCACUAAUGAAUAAAUCAGAAUUUUGAUUAAAACCUGUGAGUUCUCCUUGUACAUAUUUUUUGAGAUAUAUAUGUGUGUGUGUAUAUAAAAGCAAAGAAAUAGGACAAUAUAUUUUGCUACACUAACAUUUAAGUGUAACUUCAUGCUGUAUUUAGUAAUUUUGUCAUUUAAUCCAUUUUAAUGUCUUUCUACAGAAAACAGCUACAGCUGUUGCCCACUGCAAGAGAGGCAAUGGUCUCAUUAAAGUUAAUGGAAGACCUCUAGAGAUGAUUGAACCUGCAACACUGCAGUACAAAGUAAGUAUCGAGUUUUAUUCCCCCCCCUCUGUUAUGAAAGAAUGCAAGGUGUUGGUCUACAGCUAAUUUUGUUAUGCAAAUUGUUGCCGCUUUCUUCUAAAAGCCUCCAAGUGCAUUUGUUUCUGGAUAUUGAAAGCAUUGAGAAAUUGAAGUCUGUUGUGACAUAGUAUAAUUGAAGUUAAUUGCCAAAAAAAUGUUCUCCUUGUGUACAUUCCACUCAUCAAAUGAACAGUGUAUGGAGUAUCAAAACUCUAAGUCAUACUUCUCAAAGUCCCUCUUGAUGGUGUUCAUUGGAAUCUACACUCACACAUCUACUGGUUCGGUGACCUAUUGCAGGAAGAAACUAGGCGAUCUCAUACCUGGCCUUAAAUGCACUUGCAAUGGAACCUUUGAUGUGUGUGUAUUUGCUACAUGCCUACACGUUCCUAGAUGUGCAGUACAUGCCUAUGAAGAAAUCCAUUUCAUCUUUAGGGUUGCCUUGGAUACUGAACUUGAAGUUAUGCAUUCACUAAUGUUUAUAGUGAAUGGAAGCUAUUGACCGUUGUUUUUACUUUUUGCCUUGCAGUGCAGAAAGUCCUUGCAAAACAUUUGUUCUAUAAAAUCUUGCAUAUGACAUUAUGUAAAAAAUCAAUCGCUGCUUCCCAGCACUUGCAAGCACCAUAGGCACUGCACUGGAACACAAUAACCAUCGUAAACCCCACAAACCGCCGCAGCUUGGUUGGGGUCUCACUGUCCUCCCCCCCACGCUGAAACCAAGACCAGGAUCCACCUUCCAGUGGGUAGAACUCUCCUAGUCCAGAGAGUGAAGCAGGCUGCUCUUAUAAGAGCAAGUGUUGUGAUCCAAGGGAGUAUAGUGAUUAUAGCAAUCCCCAGAGUGUGAAUAUAGCUCUCCAAUACCCCAAACAUGAGCCUAGACUUCACGAAGGGUAAAACUAAUAUGUUUAAUGGUAGCCACAACUGGCCUUUUAUGACAGUAGCCAUGAAAGAGGCACUCCCCCCUGGACCUGAGAGUAAACCACAGUAGUAAAAAAAAUCACAAUCACAUUGGCUCACAGGUCCAGGACACUCCCAUACAAAAUAGGUCAAUCCCUCCCCUAUGCCUGAGAGAUAAUUGAGUAAAGCACUAUACUAAACAACAUUAUCUCCAAACACAAAAAAACACACAUUUUCCGAACACCACAAAAGUACCUUAAAACACAAACAAUCCCCACAAAAAUUACAUCCCCUGAUAGCCCUGAUCUGGAUGACCAGCAUAUCCAGAAAUCACUCAGAUCAGUUCAGGAAUUUCCUAGAAGUCUUAAUUUUGACCGCCCGCAUGGUCCCAUGCCAAAAACAGUUUCAGAGAAUCAGGGCUUGCAGUCGGUCUAGUUCGAUAGUUUAAAAACAAACUACAUAACAGUUAAUAGUCUUACCCUGGAGCUUGUUCCCCUCAUCCAGAUGAACAAUUUCACCGAACAGUGCCCUUCUAAAUAGUAUAGAACUGAACACAAGUGAUGAUAGAAGUCCAGCGGUGUUCGGGAGUUUGUGUCCAAUUUUUAGCUCUGAGAUUCAUUCCCAAACACUGCUGCCUGCGUUCAUGUGAACAAGAUGGCUGCCACCUCGUGGUUGUCCAUAGGGAUUGCGGCCACACAGAUGAACAAUUAGAACACUGCGGUUAGAAUCAUUCCAAGGUGUUAACAAGCUCCCGGGUGGUCCCUGGUUCAUGCUGUUGUUCAGUAGUUGAACGGGACAAUGUUAGAAUAGGAGUGGAAUGCAAUCUACCGAACAGAAUAGCAAAAAGGCACCAACAAGGUCUUUUGUGAGCUUUUUGCAUGGCUCAUAGUCCUGAGGUAAGAGGCUGGCCAGCAGGCCCCUCCAAGAACACGUGACGAGGCUCAGUUCGUCACAGACGUCCUCACACUUUGCUUGAGGACAUACAGUGCCUUCAAAAUCUCAAAAGGAAAGUAUUGAUUCGAAGUCCAAAUGCAAUACAGGUUUGUAUUCCUAACACUAUAAUGUUCCUUUAAACAUGACUUGGUAAAGAUGGUUUCAUUUCACUAUAUAUCUGUAGGUUAUCAAAUAUUUUCAAGGGCCAUCCUCUAUGACUUGGACUUGUUAGUUUUGCUUCUUACUACUCUAAACAUUCUUAGGCACAGAUCUGUUUGAAGAGUUAUUAAUGCAUGAAUGUGACCCAUAGCUAUGUACUCUGACACUCUGUAUCUGAAAGGAAAGCUAUGAACCUUUUUAGACACAAGGAUAAUUUUUUCAAAUACCCUUCCUGCUCUAAUGAAGUCUGCACAUUCACUAAGGUACCCUUCCACUUUCUGUAGGAGAAAGUCUAAUCCCCAUAACCCCCCCUUAAGCCAGCACGAUCCCACGGUGUCCAGCAGUUUUAGUUUGCCACUUGUGUGCUCUGGGUGCCUGUGUUCUGUCCCCUCUUCAGAUGACGUAAAAGCAGAAUAUUUAAGUUCCAUGUUGGCAGUAUCAAUUAUGUCCAUUUUUGAGUUGACAAUCCUUUUAACAAAUUGUGACGGGAGACCCAAUGGCUUUAAUAUUGCUAUUGUGGUAGCAGGAACUCCUGCUGUAGCUGAAUCUGAAAAUAAGAUAGACUGCUGGCACCCAGUUGACAUAGAUUAGUGAGACAAACAGUUGAAUCUUAUAAGAGGGAUAGUAGCAGACUGUAGUAGUUAUGGUGCUUAGAUCUGCAUUUUAAUACUCCAGAUUUUCUUGGCCCACCUAGUUACUGCCAUAAAUGUUUACAUUUUCUGCAGCAUUUUGUGUGCACGCGCAUGUAUAGUAUUUUCUCCAGAGUGUUUAAUCUUUGAUAUGUUUUAUAGCCUAUUUAAUGGAAUAAAAAUGACAUUGUAUUAAACGUCUUCCUUUUUGUGUCCUCCCUAGCUUUUGGAGCCUGUUCUUCUCCUUGGCAAGGAACGAUUUGCUGGUGUUGACAUCAGAGUCCGUGUUAAAGGGGGUGGUCACGUUGCACAAGUUUACGGUGAGACUCUUUCAACUUCAAAUUUAGAUGAGAUAUUUUGAAAACUUCUUUAAGGAAUUGCCCACAUUCUAAACCAAAAGAAAACAUUAUAUUUGAGCUACAGGUUUGUUCAACUGUAAUGUAAGGGUUUCUCUUGAAAUGCCCCCAUACAUAUUAAAUAUAAUUUUUUAAAGGACACGAAUGGCUUUCAUUUAACAUCCUACAUGUAUGCUUAACACAAUAUUACAUGUGAACAAAAUGUUAAAAAUGAUCGGAGCCAUUUUUUAUAAAGUUAUGCACUUACAGUGCAGCUAAUAAAAACGAAGUAGAUUAAUGUCAGUCCUGAUUGUUAAAAACCUAAGGACAGGGAUAGUCAACAUUUGGCACUCCAGAUGUAUUGGACUACAUCCCCCUUAAUGCUCUUACAACUAUAAUGCUGGCAAAGCAUCAAGGGGGGUGUAGUCCAAAACAUCUGGAGUGCUGAAGGUUGCAUAUGCCUGGUCUAGGAUCUCAAUACAUUUUAGAUAGUUAAUGCUAAACCUGUACCAACCCCCACAAAAAUGCUAUACCAACCAUACCCCUUACCCAAUGCUUUCACUAACCGUACUCCUAACCAAAUCUUAAUCUCAACCCUACACUAUCUUUAAUGCUGAAACAGCAAACCUUCGAUUAACCCUACAGUUAACAAUGACUCUAUCACAAUGCAAAGUGUAACCCUACCAUGCUUUUACCCCUAAAUCUAACCCUAUGGUAACCCACUAUUAAUCCUGAUAUCAGAAAUUAAUUUUACUGUAUUUAACAGUUGGUGGUAUUACCAUCUACUGGCCAUUAUCAGAACUUAGUGUAAAUUUGAAUGGAACUGGUUCCCAGACGAUUUUAGACUAUCCCAGAUGAUUUUACAUAGAGAUCAGUGCUGGGCAGCUGGGACACCGCUGUCCCAGUCUGCUUGGGAGACCCUGCCAGGGACUUUUCAGAUCACAAAGGGUCUCACUCCAAGCUGUCAGCACAGUAAGGAGACCCCCAGGUAUCAUUGAUAUUUGGGUUUAGUGGUGUAAGCAUGGAUUUAACCCUGCUCACACCAUGAUCUUUUAAUAGGCAUUUAAAUACUUAUCGCUGGCUUCCAACACUGCAAACAGCUCAUCUAGAAGUCUGAGGCCACUAAAAUUGCCCGGGUUUCCAUUUCUCUCUCAAAAGUUGUGUAGGGCAUUCUAUGCAGUCCUAAAGGCAAUAAACCCACGGGAUGUAGGACAGUUUAGAGUGCCCUAAUGUUGUUAAGGGGUGAACUUGUGGCAUUUCAUAGCCUACAUCACUGCAUAUGUAAACACAAUGUGAUAGUGGUGUUGUAUGACAUUAUGUAAAUGGGCAUAGGUUUGAAAACUAGUUCAUCUGAGUUUUGUUGUAUCAUGGUGGGAAUGUAGAAUUUUUGUUCUGUAACAUAUAUAUAUUUCCUUUUGUCCCCCCAGCAAUCCGCCAGGCUAUUUCCAAGUCUCUUGUAGCUUACUACCAGAAAUGUAAGUAGUCUAUUUCUUCAUGUGAAUUUUUUUUUUUUUUUAUAUUUACUUUUUACCCUUUAUUUAUAAUCUUUCAUGUUUUUUUGUAGAUGUUGAUGAAGCUUCCAAGAAGGAAAUUAAAGACAUUCUCAUCCAGUAUGACAGGACCCUUCUAGUUGCAGACCCUCGUCGCUGCGAGUCCAAAAAGUUUGGUGGACCUGGAGCUCGUGCUCGCUACCAGAAGUCCUACCGUUAAAACGAUUAUUUACAUUUUUCUGGAAAUAAAUCUUUGAAAAAUCAGA